AUGAGAGCCUCAAUCCCUUGGUUGUUGCUUUGGGCGCCCUCUUCCUUGAGUCUGUCGGCAACAGAGGGCGGCGGAGAGCUUGAGAUCCCCACACUCGUCCCGACAGUAGCGGCAGUUCCUAGAGACCUCGACGUCGACCUCGGCGUCGGAAUUGAUCUCUGCGCGAUAGUGACGGCCUGGGUCACAGUGAGAAUUUCGAUUGGACUUGGGGAUGAGCCAGUCACCGAGACUAUCACGGACGAGACCACCGACACGAUCACUCGAGCUGCAUCAACUGUUACCGACACUAUCACGCAGACUGUCACUGAUUCUGUGAGCGGUCUGGCUUCGACGGUCACUGAUAAUUCAACAAGAACCGUCACCGUGGACAUUUCCGGAAGCGCAGGCACUUCAACGGUAACUGUGACUACGGCAGGCUCCACUAUUACGGACAUUUCGACGACCAUUGUUGGCGGCACGACGCUUACUGAGUCUGGACCUACAGUUACGACCAAUGUCGGUGGAUCUACUGUCACAGACACUUCGACACUGACCACUACUUUGGGCGGGUCAGCAGUGACUAACAUUUUGACUGUCACAAUAUCCGUUGGAGGCGCAAUUGUCACAGAUACAUAUACUAUCACGGAGACACUGAGCGCGAGAACCAUUACAAGUGUAUCAACAAGAGUUUCAACAGCCACAGAUACAUCUAUCUCAACUAAAACGGUUGGUGGAUUAACUAUCACCUCAACUAUCACUGAGCCUGGCUCCACGGAGACUCUGCCGGCAUCUACUAUUAUCCGUACAGUUCCGGAGUCGACAAUCACGAGCGCUACAACAGAACCUGGAAGCACGACUACAAUCGCGGGUUCAACAAUUACGGUAACCCUCACUAACCCGGCGAGCACUGUUACCGUCGUUGACAAUGUUUCUGCACCUUGGGAGACAAAGAUGCAGGGCAGCACUGUCACGGCCAUGGUUACUCUGUCAACCUCCGGUCUCCCCGCAGAUGGCUACGUCUGCGCCCCCGAGGAUUGUAUUUCAGCUCUUGCCUUGGUCUAUAGCCAAUCCCGUGAUACUGAUAGAUUUGGAGAGCAUUACAAUGUCUCCGAGAACUAUUUUAACCUCGGUCCGCAAAUCUUUCGUCUUAAUUACUCCAUUUUCCGACUCGAGGACGACAGGGUUGCUGCUUACAGCAAGCACACUGUCUUUCCCCCACAGGUAGAAGCUAGAUCGCUGUGGGAUAGAUUUGUUGAUCGAAACGCCCAAAAACGAGACGUUGGCUCGGAUGUGCCCGGUGUCUGCUACAAUGAUUGUAAUGAUGCGGCGCAGGUUCCUCAGAGUGACUCACCGUUCCGUGUGGAUUUGGGCAAUUGUGAGACGUGUGUCAGCAAUUACGCCACUGGAAAGUUGGAUAUAUACUCAUCAACCCUACUGCCGUCCUUUGCACAGUGGUUGACCUAUUGCAAUGGGCUAAUGACAAGCUCGGAAAGUACUAGUGCGACAACUUCCAGCGAGUUAACGGCAAGCACAAGCAUAAAUGCAGAGGCCUCUGGCGAAACGGCCGCUGCCAGUCUUCAAAGUGGAGGAUCACGCACCGCCGCUAGCACUCAGCUUCCAAGUUCAACCGAUUCAACUGGUACAAAAACUGCUUCUCACACCGAAAACGCUGCUACGGGGACUGGAUCACAUCGCACAACCCUAAUGUAUGGUUCAACACGGAUUGUGUCUGGCUCGACUGUAAUUGUAUCUGGUUCGGCGGUAGUCGAAUCUGGAUCAACUGUAACUAGGACCAGCUCAACAAUGACAUUGUCCGGCAAAAGUGCCGAAACAACCAUUCAGCAGACAUCCUUAUCCAGCCAGAGUCACAGUACCACUUCAAGUGCAAGCGUAGAAGAUCAUACUGUGACCGCAACCGUGACGACUACUCCCACAAAUGCGGUGACACCGAAGAACGCUCCUCCUCGCUUGAUCUUCCUGAGUAUCCUUUCCGCUAUUUUGGUGGCACUCCUUUAA